AUGGAGGGACCAGAGAAACCUCCUCCAUACGACGAUACCCUAAGACCCGCCUCCGAUGUCGAAGUCACGCAUUCCCCACAGUCGUCCACUAUCAAUGAGCGCAAGCUCGUGGCCAAGAUCGACCGACAUAUAGUGCCAUGUCUCUGCGCCAUGUAUAUACUCUCAUUCUUGGACCGGGUCAACAUCGGGAACGCGUCUAUAAUGGGUUUGAAGGAGGAAUUGAACAUCGAAAAUGGAACCAGGUAUAACACGGCACUGACGAUACUCUUCGUGCCUUACAUUAUAUUUGAGAUCCCGUCAAAUAUUCUGUUGAAGAAGUUCAAGCCGCAUGUCUGGCUGCCUCUAUGUAUGUUUGGAUUUGGGUUUGUCACGAUAUGUCAAGGUCUCGUGCAGAAUUGGGGCGGAUUGAUGACGACUCGAUGGUUUCUGGGCAUGUUUGAGUCGGGUCUUGUUCCUGGCUGUUACUACCUGAUCGGAAUGUGGUAUAAGCGUAGUGAGGCCCAGAAGCGAUUCAGUUUGUUUUUCUGCUCCACGACGGUGGCUGGGGCCUUUGGUGGGCUGCUUGCCAGUGGGAUCGGCGAGAUGGAUGGUCUCCGAGGUUAUCGAGGUUGGCGCUGGAUUUUUAUCAUCGAAGGUCUCUUGACAUGCGUGGUUGCGAUUAUUUGUUUCUUCUUCGUGGGAGACUUCCCAGAGGAUGCAAAAUGGUUGAGUGAAGAGGAGCGGAAAUUUGCCAUCGCGCGGCUUGCGACGGAUGCAGGUAAGUCGGCUCCGCAGGCUCGGAUGGGGAUCAGGGAUGUUUUGGAUGUCUUCAAAGAUUACAAGAUAUUCGUUGCUGGAUGCAUGUAUUUUGGAGUCUGCAUUCCGAUCUACUCGUACGCAAACUUUGCACCUACAAUCAUCAAAACAUAUGGCUAUGACACCAUCCAUACGCAACUCUUCUCCAUUCCACCCUGGGUAGCAGCAUUCGUCUGCUCCAUGCUCAUUGCAUACAUCUCCGAUCGAUUUCACCAUCGCUAUAUCUUCGCAAUGAUUCCAUUACUGAUCGCACUGGGAGGAUUGGGAAUCCUACUGAAUAUCUAUGGUCCCGUGCAUCGGCACGUGCAAUACGGUGCCCUAUUUCUGGUCGUCAGCGGAUGCUUCAGCGCGCCGCCUGUCCUGGCAUGCUGGUUUGCUAUGAACCUGGCGAGUCAUAGACGACGAAGCGUGGGUAUUGCGUGGAUGGUUGCAUUUGGAAACUUGGGUGGGAUCAUCAGUCCCUAUUGCUUCCUGUCGAAAGAUGCACCAGCUUAUCAUGAUGGGUAUAUUAUUUGCAUUGCAUUUGUUUGUCUCUCGGCUGCUACAGCAUCGAUCUAUUUAUUCGGCGUGUGGUUUGACAAUGUGAGGCGGGAGAAAGCUGCUGCAAGUGGAGCUGUUGCAGAAAUCACAGAGGAGGAAGAGGAAUUUAUGGGUGAUUUGGCGCCUAGUUAUCGCUACGUUUAUUGA